AUGCCGCCUCCCUCGGUCCGCCUGGUGUGGCUGGGCCGCGCGCGCUACCCCGAGCUGCUGGCGCUGCAGGAGGCCUGGCUGCGGCGACUCCGGGCCGGCCCGGCCCCCGAGGCCUCGUCGCCGGCCACCGAGGCGGGCGCGCUCCUGCUCUGCGAGCCGGCGGGGCCCGUGUUCACGGCGGGGCUGCGCGGCGGCCUGACUCCCGAGGAGACGGCGCGGCUGCGGGCCCUGGGCGCCGACGUGCUCCGCACGGGCCGCGGCGGCCUGGCCACCUUCCACGGGCCCGGGCAGCUGCUCUGUCACCCGGUGCUCGACCUGCGGCGCCUCGGCCUGCGCCUGCGCACUCACGUGGCGGCGCUGGAGGCGUGCGCAGUGCGCCUGUGCGAGCUCCAGGGCCUGCGCGGCGCGUGCGCGCGGCCCCCGCCCUACACCGGCGUCUGGCUCGGCGAGCGCAAGAUCUGCGCCAUCGGUGUCCGCUGUGGAAGGAACAUCACAUCCCAUGGCCUGGCUCUGAACUGCUCCACGGACCUCACGUGGUUUGAGCACAUUGUGCCCUGUGGACUGGUUGGGACAGGAGUCACUUCCCUUAGUGAGGAGCUACAGAGGCUUGUCACUGUGGAUGAAGCCAUGCCGCCUUUUCUUCAGGCCUUCAAGGAGACCUUCAAGUGCUCAUUGGUCUCAGAGGACAGCUCCAACUGAACAUUCACCUUAGCCCAGCCAGGAUGGCCCAGUCUUAAGAAAGCACCAAGUCAGACAUGAGUCACUAAAACUUGAUUCUAGAACUGGCCUGUUGUUCACUGACCCAUGAGACCAAGAGCAUGCUUAUCAUGAGUUCUGAGCUACUGUU